AACACAAAUGCUCCAACGCGCGCACAAAUUGUGGGGGCGGCGCGUAAGCCAGGAUGGCUCUACCGCUCUAGUAGCUUCCAGAAUGUAGAAGAUGGUUUGUAGUAGUUUCUAGGCCUUCUCCUGCCCUUUCCUCUCCAGAUGUCUCUCUUGGCUUAACAAAAGGACACUCCAGCACUCUCUUUGUACACAACAGAACAACAAAGGCCGAGCGAGAAAGAUCAGACUCUGAUUAAUCAACAACUUGCAGCGAUACAGUUCAAUCUUCAUCAAUCACUCUUUCACAUCUCCUGCGUAUAUUGUUCGUGCAAGUCUUCAUAGUAAUACCAAGAAGCAACAAUGAAUCCCGAUAAGUUCACUCACAAAACCAAUGAGACUCUUGCGGGGGCUCAUGAACUAGCAAUCAACUCUGGUCAUGUACAAUUUACUCCCCUCCAUAUUGCUGUUGCUUUGAUCUCCGACCCCAAUGGCAUUUUCUGCCAAGCAAUUGCAAAUUCUGGUCUAGGUGAAGAGUCUGUGAAGGCUGUUGAGAGGGUUUUCAAACAAGCGAUUGAGAAAAUCCCAUCUCAGACCCCUCCCCCUGAUGAAAUUCCUGCCAGUACCUCUCUUAUUAAGUUGAUCCGGCGAGCCCAAUCCUAUCAGAAAACAGUAGGUGACUCUCAUCUAGCCAUUGAUCAGUUGAUUCUCAGCCUUAUUGAAGACUCACAAAUUAGUGACCUCUUUAAAGAAGCUGGGGUGAGUGCUUCAAGAGUGAAAUCUGAGGUUGAGAAGCUUCGCGGAAAGGAAGGAAAGAAGGUUCAAAGUGCUUCUGGAGACGCUACUUUCCAGGCUUUGAAGACCUAUGGACGCGAUCUUGUGGAGCAGGCAGGGAAGCUAGAUCCUGUCAUUGGCCGGGAUGAGGAGAUCAGGAGAGUUAUUAGGAUCCUUUCAAGAAGAACCAAAAACAAUCCGGUUCUUAUUGGAGAGCCAGGUGUGGGUAAAACAGCCGUGGUGGAAGGCUUAGCUCAGAGGAUUGUAAGAGGGGAUGUCCCAAGCAAUCUUGCUGAUGUGAGGCUUGUUGCAUUGGAUAUGGGUGCCUUGGUUGCUGGAGCCAAGUACAGAGGAGAAUUUGAGGAGAGAUUGAAAGCUGUUUUAAAAGAAGUGGAAGAGGCUGAAGGGAAGGUAAUCUUGUUUAUUGAUGAAAUUCACCUUGUUCUUGGGGCUGGUAGAACUGAGGGUUCUAUGGAUGCUGCCAACCUGUUUAAGCCUAUGCUUGCUAGAGGUCAGUUACGGUGCAUUGGGGCUACAACCCUUGAGGAAUACAGGAAGUAUGUGGAGAAAGAUGCUGCAUUUGAGAGACGUUUCCAGCAAGUUUAUGUUGCGGAGCCUAGUGUUCCUGACACAAUAAGCAUCCUUCGGGGACUAAAGGAGAGGUAUGAAGGUCAUCAUGGUGUUCGAAUUCAGGAUCGAGCUCUUGUUUUUGCUGCCCAGCUAUCCAGUCGAUACAUUACUGGGCGUCAUCUUCCAGACAAGGCAAUUGACCUAGUUGAUGAGGCUUGUGCAAACGUGAGAGUUCAGCUCGAUAGCCAGCCUGAAGAGAUUGAUAACCUUGAAAGGAAGAGGAUUCAGUUAGAAGUUGAACUUCAUGCUCUUGAAAAGGAGAAGGACAAAGCUAGCAAAGCCCGUUUAGUUGAAGUUCGGAAAGAGCUUGAUGAUUUGAGAGACAAACUACAGCCUUUGAUGAUGAAAUAUAGGAAGGAGAAAGAAAGAAUUGACGAGAUUCGGCGGCUUAAGCAGAGGCGAGAGGAGCUCAUUUUUGCUUUGCAAGAGGCAGAGAGAAGGUACGAUUUGGCGAGAGUUGCUGAUUUGCGGUAUGGAGCAAUUCAAGAAGUGGAAGGUGCCAUUGCGAAACUUGAAGGAAGCGCUGAAGAAAAUUUAAUGUUAACGGAGACUGUUGGACCAGAACAUAUUGCUGAAGUGGUAAGCCGCUGGACUGGCAUACCCGUUACAAGGCUUGGCCAGAAUGAGAAAGAGAGGUUGAUUGGACUUGCAGAGAGGUUGCAUACGAGAGUGGUUGGACAAGACCAAGCUGUUGAUGCCGUAGCAGAGGCUGUGCUGAGGUCAAGAGCUGGAUUGGGAAGGCCACAACAGCCAACUGGUUCAUUCCUUUUCUUGGGUCCAACUGGGGUUGGUAAAACUGAGCUUGCCAAGGCUCUUGCUGAGCAACUUUUUGAUGAUGAUAAUCUCCUGGUAAGAAUGGAUAUGUCAGAGUACAUGGAGCAGCAUUCAGUUUCAAGGUUAAUUGGUGCUCCCCCUGGAUAUGUUGGGCAUGAAGAAGGUGGACAACUCACAGAGGCAGUGCGGCGGAGACCAUAUAGUGUUGUGCUAUUUGAUGAAGUAGAGAAGGCUCACAUUUCUGUUUUUAAUACCCUUCUUCAAGUUCUGGAUGAUGGGAGGUUAACAGAUGGUCAGGGUCGUACUGUGGACUUCAGCAAUACAGUGAUCAUCAUGACUUCGAACCUUGGAGCAGAGCAUCUCUUGGCGGGAUUAACAGGCAAAUAUACAUUGGAAAAAGCUCGGGAAUGGGUCAUGCAAGAGGUUAGGAAGCACUUCAGGCCUGAACUGCUAAAUCGGCUGGAUGAGAUUGUGAUAUUUGAUCCACUUUCACAUGAACAACUUAGGAAAGUUGCCAGGUUACAAAUGAGGGAUGUUGCAAGCCGCCUGGCUGAAAGGGGUAUUGCCUUGGGUGUGACUGAUGCAGCUUUGGACUAUGUCCUGGUAGAGAGUUAUGAUCCGGUUUAUGGAGCAAGACCUAUCAGAAGAUGGCUGGAGAAGAAGGUGGUGACGGAAUUGUCAAAAAUGCUGAUAAGGGAGGAGAUAGAUGAGAACUCGACUGUGUAUGUUGAUGCUGGGCCAAAUGGGAAUGGUUUAGUGUAUCGGGUUGAAAAGAAUGGAGGACUUGUCAAUGCAGCCACAGGCAGAAAGUCGGACGUAUUGAUACGCAUACCCAAUGGACCGAAGGAUGAUGCUGCUCAAGCAGUGAAGAAGAUGAAAAUUGAGGAAAUGGAUGAGGAAGAUAUGUUCGAGUAAAUAGAUCGUUUGUUUAAGGAAAAGCGGGUUAUGGUCGCUGCUGAUCUAAGUUGUAGUGUUUGGUUAGAUUUCUGUUGCUGUGUAUCUUUUAUGUAAAUUUUGAUAUUUGAAGUGCCCAUAGUGAAUGGGGGUUUACCACCCCAGUUUGUUUUCCAAGUUAAAUAUGCCAUUUGAUGAUCCAAAAUUUUGGAACCA